AUGUCUUCAAGCAACGUAAACGCGGAAAACAGUUCGGUGCAAAAUGCCGUCAUUACAGAAGACGAAGCCGCAAUCUAUGACAGACAGAUAAGGCUUUGGGGACUUGAAGCUCAACAGCGAAUGUUGAACUCGAAAAUAUUGAUGGUUGGAAUGCGAGGUCUUAGUAACGAAGUUUGUAAAAACCUUGUCCUUGCGGGAAUUGGAUCUCUCACAAUUCUUGACGAUCAGAAAGUAACUCAAGAAGAUUUGGGUGCGCAAUUCUUCUUGUCAGCUGAUGAUAUCGGAAAGAAUAGAGCAGUUGCAUCGAGAGAUCGUGUUCGUAAUUUGAAUCCUCGCGUGGUUGUCACCGCAGAUUCUGAUAAGUUGGCGAAGAAACCCGAAGAAUUUUUCAAUCAAUUUGAUGUUAUUUGUCUAACUGAUUGUGAUCUGGAUACUUUGAUACAUGUCAACGAAAUAUGUCGAAAAUUUGACAAAAAAUUUUACGCAGCGAGCGCAAUGGGCUUAUUCGGAUAUAUCUUUUGUGAUUUGAACUAUCACGCAUAUGUGAUAGAAACAAAAGAAGAUAAAUCGGAUAAGGAAGAGCCGGAUGUUAAACGAAUUAAAAGAGAAACACAGUACGUGAGCUUAGAAACUUCUCUUUCAAAAAACGAUUGGGCACAAAUUAAAUUCAAGAAACUAAAGAAAAUUUCCGAAGUGUUGUGGGCCAUUCCAAUAAUUUGGAAAUUUAAACAAAAUGAAUGUCGUCCACCUAAUCCUGACGAUACUUCAAAUGAUGAAAAUUCAGACUUUAUGAAGUUGAGAUCUAUAAGUAACGAGUAUUUAAAGUCAAUCAACGUCGAGCCAUCACUUUUCACUAAUGUAUUUUUAAAACAACUAUUACAGAAUGUAUCAGCCGAGAUAUCACCAGUCUGUGCAAUCGUCGGUGGUAUCUUGGCGCAAGAUAUUCUUAAAGUGCUGUCUCAAAAGGGACCACCAAUUAAUAACUUUUUUGUGUUUAAUGGAUUGGACUGUUCUGGAAUAGUCUAUCAAGUCGAGCCUGGCAAGAAAGCAAUAUCAUAG